AUGUCUAUGAGUAAAUUCAACGAAAUUAAAGAGGAAAAAUGUUUAUACGACAAUAAGAAUAUGAAUAAUAAUUCAUCUAAUGAUGAAGAGUAUGAUCUUAGUUUUAUGGACGAAUUUCGUUUUAUUGAUGGACGAAGGUUUCAUAACGAAAACUCCAGAUAUUGGUUUCCAAAUGACAAGAAAGAAGUAGAUAGAUUAAAUAUGCAACAUUAUUUAUUUAGAUAUGCUUGGCAAGGAAAUUUUUCUUCGCCAAUGGGAGAACGAUUGAGUAACGGUGGGGUGAGGGUACUGGAUGAUCAUCCAGCUUUAACAAAUAUAGGAUUCAUAAAACAUAAUGUUUUGGAAGGACUUCCAUUUCCAGAAAAUACAUUUGAUUAUGUUUAUCAACGAUUUCUAUCAACUGCCUUCACUCCAUCUGAAUGGGUUCGUGAUAUUAACGAAUUGGUCAGAGUCACCAAUCCCGACGGUUGGAUUGAAUUAAUGGAAAUCAAAUUCUUUAUGGAAAAGAAAGGCCCCGCCACCAAAAGUCUAGCAGAAGCAUACACAAAUCAAAUGACUGAUGUCAGGCGUAUAGAAAAAUGUACUCCAGUUGGUAAAUGGGGAGGCAGAGUAGGCGAACUUCUGGCCUUGAAUUUCGUUACAAUUAUAAGAUUGUUCAAAAAAUUCCUAAAUGUUUAUUUGAAAUUAAGCGAUGACCAAUUCGAAAAAUUAAUUACUGAUCAUGAUGCUCAAGUUAAUGAAUAUAAAAGUUAUUUAGUAUCUUAUAGAUAUAUUGGCAGAAAACUUUAA